UACCAAACGGCAUUCUGAUUGAGACGAUCGUUCUCGCCGAAUGCACUUAAACCUGGUUUUAUUAAAUUGAAAAAAGUGAAGAAUUCGUGCGAUCUUUCCGGAUCGCAUGAAGCAAUUGUGUUUGACUAAACUAAAAACUAAUUCAACGAUAAAUUAAUAAUGAUUUAUUAAAAACGAUCACGUUAAUAAUUUUCAUCAAGCAAAUUAAAUUAGUAAAGUAUUUUCGAGAAUAAGUAAAUAAGCCAGGUAAAAUAAAUUUUAAGAUUAAUUAAAUAAUCUAAAUUAAAAAACGACAAAAUGGAUCCUUCAAGUAUGACUGGAGAUGAAAUAGUGAUUUCGGGAAUUUCGGGAAAAUUCCCGAACAGUGAAAAUGUCAAGGAAUUUCAGAAAAAUCUUUUGAGCAAAGUGGACUGCGUUACUGACGCACAAACUCGAUGGGAUAUUCAUCAUGAAAAAAUUCCCUCUCGAAUUGGAACAAUUAAAGGUAUUAGCAAAUUUGAUCGCGUAUUUUUUGGUGUUCAUGGAAAAUUGGCGGAUUGUUUGGAUCCUAUGUUGAGAAAGUUAAUCGAAACUUCGUACGAAGCAGUUGCCGACGCUGGUGUGAAUCCUCGUACUUUGAGAGGAUCCAAAUCGGCAGUUUUCACUGGUUCCAGUUUUUCAGAAUCAGAAAAAUCACUUUUCUAUGAAAAAGUAGAGCAAAACGGUUUUGGUUUAAUGGGUGCUAGUCGUGCCAUGGUAGCAAAUCGAAUUUCCUUUUUUUUGGGUCUUGUGGGGCCAAGUAUUAAUGUUGAUUCCAGUUGUUGUGGAGGUGCCACUGCACUGGAACAAGGAUAUAAAGCCAUUAAAGAAGGACGUGCCGAAAGUGCGAUAAUUGGUGCCUGUAAUGUAGUCCUGCAUCCUCACAUGUCUCUGCAAUUAUUUAUGUUAGGAUUGUUAUCGCCCGACGGGGUAACUAAAUCGUUUGACAAUGCGGCAGAUGGCUACACUCGUAGCGAGGGCAUCGUGGUCUUUUUUUUGCAAAAGGCCCGCGAUGCAAAACGCAUUUAUGCAGAAUUGAAAAAUAUUCACUCGUCAUAUGGAUCAGCAAAAAAUCGCCUUUCAGUUCUUUAUCCGAGUCCAGAUUUCCAGGCAAAUCUCAUGAAGACGACACUGGAAGAGAGUGGCCUUUCUGCAAAAGAUAUAUCUUUCAUCGAAGCCGACGGAUCGGGAAUCAAGGAUGCGGAUGCCGCUGAGGUCGAAGCUAUUGAUCAAGUUUACAAUGAAGGUCGAAAAUCGCCUCUUCUUAUUGGAUCCGUGAAAUCAAAUAUCGGUUCAUGCUCUCCGGCAAAUCCUCUCAGUGCUAUCGUUAAGGUUGUUACAGCGAUGGAAUCAGGUUUUAUACCUCCUAAUCUUCAUUACAAGGAAUCUUCUGACAAAAUCCCUGCUCUAAAGGAAGGUCGUGUUAAGGUUGUCACAGAACCGACCCCAUGGACUGGAAGCUAUGCUGCUAUUAAUAGUAUGGCCAUGACCGGUAGCUUUAGCAAUAUAAUUUUAAAAUGUUGCGAAAAAGAAAAGAAAAAUGGUGGACAACCUGAAGACAAUCUUUCUCGAUUAAUCAUUGCUUCAGGAUGCACCGAAGAAGCUGUCGAAACCAUUCUAAACGAUAUGGAAAGUAGGCCAGUUGAUGUGGAAAUGGUUCAACUUUUGUCUGACUUGUUUGAAGUCGAUACUCCUGCUCAUUUGUAUCGAGGAUACACAUUACUUCCUCCACGUGGGUUACCAAAAACUAAAGUACGAGAGAUUCAAUUCAAUACAAGUGUUCCUAGAGAAAUUUGGUAUCUCUUCUCUGGAAUGGGUUCCCAGUGGGUCGGAAUGGGCGAAGCUUUAUUGAAACUACCUGUCUUCGCGGACGCCAUAAAAAGAUGCGAUGCUGUUCUAAAACCUCGUGAUGUUGAUAUAUAUCGCAUCAUUACGGAAAAGGAUCCUAAAAUGUUUGACAAUAUCGUCAAUUCCUUUGUUGGCAUUGCUGCCAUUCAGAUUGGUCUCGUGGAUCUUCUGACGUCGAUUGGACUAAAACCAGAUUUUAUAAUUGGUCACUCAGUCGGAGAGUUGGGCUGUGCUUAUGCUGAUGGUUGCUUUACAGCAGAACAAAUGAUUCUUUCUGCACUGUCGAGAGGUCUUGCAUCUGUAGAAACAAAACUGCCAACUGGUUCUAUGGCUGCCGUUGGUCUUGGUUAUGACAAUGUUUUACCUCUUUGUCCUCCUGAUAUCGAUGUGGCAUGUCACAAUGGACCAGAUAGUACAACAAUCAGUGGUCCCGCAGACUCCAUGAAAAAAUUCGUAGCAGACCUAACGGCUAAGGGCAUCUUUGCCAAAGAAGUGGCUUGCAGUAACAUAGCCUACCACAGCAGAUACAUAGCAUCAGCUGGUGGAAAAUUGAAGGAAUAUCUUCAGAAAGUAAUACCAAAUCCACGACCACGCAGUGAUCGCUGGGUCAGUUCAUCAGUUCCACGUGAUGAAUGGAAUUCUGCUAAAGCUCGAUUGUCUUCUGCAGAAUACCACACAAACAAUCUUUUAAGUCCUGUUUUAUUUGCUGAGGCUUCCAGAGCUAUUCCAGCGAAUGCAAUUGUUAUCGAAAUUGCACCUCAUGGUCUACUACAGGCUAUUGUCAGGAAAUCGCUACCAGAAAGUGUCAUCAAUGUGCCUCUAACCAAACGUGGUCAUCAAGACAAUACUGAAUUCUUGAUGGGUGCUUUGGGAAAAAUAUACAAUACUGGACUUAACAUCAAUGUGUCGAAACUUUAUCCUAAGGUCAGCUAUCCUGUAUCACGUGGAACACCUUCGAUAUCAUCUUUAAUCAAAUGGGAUCACUCACUUGAGUUGUACACCAACUUUUAUGAGAAGGGAAAACAGGUUACUGAAGGAGAGAUGAAUUUUGCAAUAGAAUUAACUGAAGAUAAAUGGAAAUUUAUGGGAGGAAACAAGAUCCAUGGAAAAGUUGUUCUUCCAAUAUCGGCAUACUUGGACCUUACAUGGACUGUUUUCAAAUCCAUAAAAGAAGACACAGAAAUUCCUGUGGUUUUUGAAAAUGUACAAAUACAUAAGCAGCAGAUAGAAAUUGCAGAUAGUGAGCCCUUGGUGUUGGUUGUAAUGGUUCAGAAAGGUACUGGAACAUUCGAGAUCACCAACACUGAAAGUUUACUUUGCUCUGGAAGUUUGCGAGAGACAGACGCCCCAGAACAGGAGCGUAUUCAGGUUCCUAAGAAAGCUGUUAAGGCACACGAGGGACUGAGUGAAAGUGAUGUUUACACUGAAUUGCAAAUGCGAGGUCUUCAGUGCUCAGGAGACUUCAGAAGUAUUCGUAAAUCAUCUGCUAAUGGUUCAAAUGGUAUCCUUGUUUGGAAAAACCAAUGGAUUACCUUUUUGGAAGGAAUGAUUCAGAUUAGAGUUCUUGGCAAUGAUGUAAGAGGAACGCAAGUUCCUAUUAAAAUUAGGAAAAUCAUUAUCGACUUGAAACAGCACAAGGAAGCAACGAAGAAUUCAAGUGAAAUCCCUGUUAUAAAUGAUCAGCGAAUCAACGUCGUGACUGCAGCUGGUGUACAAAUCGAAGGAAUUUCGCUCACCUCUAUUCAACAUGAACCAUCGGCAGGUAAAGUGAUUGCCGAAGAAAUUAAAAUGAUUCGUAGUACAGAUAGCAUGGCAUUCAAUUUGCCAGCGAUCUUUAGGAUAAUUCUGCAAUUACUAGCUGAGAAUUCAAGCAAAGCAAACAUUAUUCGACUCGUCAAUGACGAAACUGCUGACAUAGAAAAAAUUAAAGAAUCCUUCCAAACAAUUCUUGAAAAUACUCCAGAAAGCUCAAAGUUUAAAGUAGAUGUGGUUCCCACAUCAUGGUUAUCGACCAAUGGAUCAAAAUCUAAAGAUGCUGCACUCUUGGUUCUUCGGGACAUCAGACUAUGCAAUAAAAAUGACCUUUCAAGUCUCGUAUCAGACGGGUCUUUCUUAUUAAGUUUCGCUGAACCCAGAAACGAAACUUCGGUCUUAAAAACGACUGAAUCAGCAGGACUGGGACUUGUUCUAAAAAAACUUCCUUCUUCAGACAGAGUUGCAAUCCUCCUUCGUAGAAAAAGGCUUAUAAAAAAAACAAGUGUCCUCGAGAUUAUUGAUGAGCAAGAUUGGACUAACCAGAUUAGAUCAAAACUUAAUUCCAAAGAUUGCGAUCGACUAAUUCUUGCAAUCAGAACCAACAAUUGUGCUAAGCUUUAUGAAAACCUCGAAAUUCUUCAAAAAGAAGCUGAUGGAAGCAAGAUUCGAAUUGUACACAUUCAGGAUCCUGAAGCUCCAAGACUUUCGCUCCUGGAACCUUUGUAUCAGGCUCAACUCGAGCUAGAUCUGAAACUAAAUGUCCUUUUACCUGGGAAAAUCUGGGGAACAUACAGAAGUUUUCCAAUCUCUUCAAAUCUUCGACAGGUUAGUAAUUGGAAAGCAAGUCAGCUACAUCCCUCUGAUUUGGAUUCUAUUUCUUGGGUAAAAGAGUCCUCUGAAGUUGAGAAAGCCAUCAAGGUUGAGUAUUCUGCAGUGAACCGUCCGGAUAUAUUAAUAGCAACUGGAGAAUCAAAUUCAGAGAAUUCUGGAAAGGAGAGACUAAAGAUAAACUCCUUUGGUUUGGAGUAUUCUGGAAUUGAUCCGAAAGGUACUAGAGUGAUGGGAAUUUCUGCAGGUGGAACUCUUUCUAAUUUCACAUCAACUGAUGCUGAUUAUAUAUGGACGAUACCUGAAAAUUGGUCCUUAGAAGAUGCUGCAACAGUACCUCUCGCAUAUACAAUUGCAAACAUAAGUCUUCACAUGAAGGGAGAACUAAAGAAAAAGGAAUCAGUACUUAUUUAUAAUGGUAGUUGUGCCUUUGGACAGGCAGCUAUUAAUUUGGCACUUAAAGAAGAAUCUAGAGUCUUCACGAUGUAUGUUAAUGAAAGCGAAAAGAAACUCCUUAGGAGUAGGUAUCCAAAUAUACCAGAAAGCAAUAUUAUCAACAUUACAUCAAUCUUUGCUGAUCAGAUUUUGAAAUUGACUGAAGGAAAAGGUGUUGAUGUAGUUGUAUACAACGGUAAUGAUCUAAAAAAAAUAGAAGCUUGCUUGACAUGUGUUAAAAAUAAUGCCAGGAUCAUUGUUCUUGGAGAUCUUCCAGGAGCAUUUAGUGAAUCAGUUGGUAUGGAAAUUUUUUUACGGGAAGCUGCAAUCUUUUCGGUCAUCCCAAAGAAAGUAAUGGAUGCAGAACCAGCUACGAGAAAAAAAUUAGCUCAGUUAGUAAAAAAUGGAGUGGCUUCGGGGGUUGUCAAGCCAUUGCCCAGAAAUGUGUAUUCUCGGGAGAUGUUAAAGAACGCAUUUGUUGAUGGAGCUAUUAAGAAGAAUUACGGAAAGAUGAUAGUGAAACUUCAACCUCAAGAUUCGAGCAAGAAAGCUCUUGCUGUACCCCGUUUCUUAUGCAAAACUGAUGGAUCCUAUUUGAUAAUUGAUGGACUAACAGACUUUGGUCUUGAACUCGCUGAUUUCUUGGUUGUUCGUGGAGCAAAAAAUAUAGUCAUAGCGUCCGGUUCGAAAAAUACGAGGGCCUAUACCAACUUCAGAGUAAGUUUAUGGCGAGGAUAUGGAGUAAGAGUUGUAGUUCGCGAAGAAUUGGACCUUUCCAAAAAACAAAAUGUUCAAGCCCUUCUGAAAGAAGCUACAUCACUUGGUAAAGUAGAUGCUAUAUUUGACAUUCAACGUAUUGAUAAUUCUUCAAAAAGAACUUCCAGUUCGAAAGAUUUGUUUACGAAAUUUUUGGUCGAAGUGUCUAAAGAAAGUUGUCCUGCCUUGAGGCAAUUAGUCAUUUUCUCAGCUGCAAAAACUAAUAGCGAAAAUUUAGUUAGUGUUUUAUUGAGAGAAACUGUCCUCGUGAAGCUUUGUGAAGAAAAAUAUAAGGAAGGUUCUCCGGGUCUUUUGGUUCUUUUGGGACCCAUGGAAGGAAUUGUAGAAUCAAAAACUCAGAGUGGACAGAAAGUACCUUUGCUCGCUGUUCCAAGAUCUCUGGAACAAUUAGAUCAUUUGAUCGGAUUAAAUGCAUCUGUUGUUGCUGUUUCUUACCAAUCUUUCACCAAAGAAUCUACUCAGGUUUUAAGCCGCGAGAAAAAUUCUGAUACGAAAAAUGAGUUAUCGUUGUUUGAAGAAUACAUUAAUAAAAUUGAACCACUGUCAUCCUCUAGGUUCAGAAACUUAGAUGUAUGAUAACUUCGUAAGUCCUAGUAUCAAUCUAUAGUCAUCAUCGAAGAAGUCUUCAUUUUAUAAUUUCUUAUAAGUUUAAUUGUAUGCAUAAUAAAUUAUUCCAGUUAAUAACAA